UAUCCCCCACUUUUAAAAAUGUAUUAAUAAGGAUUUAUAUGUAAAUUGGGGGACCUAUAUGUAAAUAUAGAAAUUACAAGGACUAAACUGCUAAGUUGCAAAAAGAAAAAAAAAAAGAAAAGGAAAAACCGAAAAUUCGGUAUUAUCCCACCGCCUCCCACGCACUCUGUUUCUUUCCAGAAACAGAGAGAGCGGUGGGGCGUGAGGAGAAGAAGGAGAGUGGUUGAAGAAAAGAAGAAGAAGAGGGAAAAGAAGAGAGGAGGAAGAAGAGAGGAAGAAGAGGGAGAAGAGAAGAAGAUGAAGAAGAAGAAGAAGAGGAGGUGGCUGCAGCGAGGGCUGCAGCGAGAAGCUGUGGGGCGUGGGGAGAAGAAGAGAGGAAGAAGAGGGAGAAGAGAAGAAGAAGAAGAAGAAGAAGAAGAAGAAGAAGAAGAGAGGAGGAUAGCUGCGGCAAGGCUGCAGCGAGGAGGUGUGUGGCUUUGGGGAGGAAAAGGGAAGAGGAGAAGAAGAGAAGGAGAAGAAGAGGGAAAAGAGAGGCAGCUGCAGCAGCCAGGGCUGCAGCACCUCUGUUUCCACCUGCGGGAAACAGAGGAGAGGAUGUGUGGGGCGUUGAGGAUGAAAAGGGAAGAAGAAGAAGAAGAAGAUAGCUGCGGCAAGGCUGCAGCGAGGAGAUGUGUGGCCUUGGGGAGGAAAAGGGAAGAGGGGAAGAGGAGAAGAAGAAGAAGAGGAAGAGAAAGAGGUGUGAUACCUCUGUUUCCUGCAGAGGAAACAGAGGAGAGGGUGUGUGUGACGCCGGGGAAGAAGGGGCUGCAGUUGCGGCGAUGGCAGCUGCAGCUGGAAGAGAAGAAGAAGAGGAAGAUGAGCAGGGGAGGAGGGAGAGGUUGCGGCCGUGGCUGCGGCCGCGACUGCAGCAGUUGCAGCGGGGAGAGAAGAAGAAGAGAGGAAGGAGAAGGAAGAGGAGAAGGGAAAGAAGUAGCUGCGGCUGCGGUUGUGGCAGCUGCAGCUAUGGCAGGGAAAGAGGAAGAGAAAAAGGAAAGGAAGAAGAAGAGAAAGGGAAGGAGAGGAAGAAGAGAGGAAGAGGAGAAGGGGCUGCAGCUGCGGCGAUGGCAGCUGCAGCUGUGGCAGGGAAAGAGAAAAAGGAAAGGAAGAAGAAGAGAAAGGGAAGGAGAGGAAGAAGAGAGGAAGAGGAGAAGGGGCUGCGGCUGCGAUGAUGGCAGCUGCAGCUGUGGCUGGGAAAGAAGAGAAGGAAAGGAAGAAGAAGAGAAAGGGAAGGAGAGGAAGAAGAGAGGAAGAGGAGAAGGGGUGGCAGCUGCGGCAGUGGCAGCUGCAGUUGGAAGAGGAGGAGGAAAUAGAGCAGGGGAGGAAGAAGAGGCUGCGACGUUGAAAUCAGUUUGUUGCAAACUCUGAGUGUGGUGGCUGCGGCCGUGGCUGCGACUCCGGCUGCGGCUACGACGUUGGCUGCGGUAGCUGCGGCAGCGGUGGUGGCUGCAGUAGCUACAGUAGCUGCUUUUGGGAAAGAGAAAGAGUAGGAACGAUAGAAGGGAAGAAGGAAAUAGUGCAGUGGAAGGGGGCUGCGGUUGUGACCGCAGUUGCGAUUGUGGUAGCGGCAACGGCGGCGGCUAUGGCAGCUGCGUUUGGGAAAGAAAAAGAAGGAAUGAGAGUAAGAGAGAGCAGGUGACUGUGCCUCGAUGUUCGACACGUGAUGUAGUUACGAAGAAAGGAAGAAAACGGGAGCACAAAACGAAACAGAGAGAGGACACGGAGGAAAAGUAGAAAGAUUGGACUGGCACCUUCCUUGGAUAUUCAGAUCAAAAUAUUUGAAAGGUCAGCUUGUCACUCUUCGAGAUGUUUGAUUUGGGCUGAGGCAGUGGAUAGCUAUUCAGAAUAAUGGGCAAGUCUGGUUGGUUAUUACGAUAUUGUUGUAUAAGUAUGCCUUGUAUGUAAUGAAAUGUUGUCGAUGAACCGAAAUGGAUAUACUGUGUCAAAGUGUUAGGAGAUCUCUCUUAUUUGGAAUUUCUGAAUGUUAAGCCUAAUUUAUAAUGAUAUGAACUUGUGGUGAAUAGUUGGAGUUCUGAUUGUAUAAAUUAUUUAGCUUGUGGAUUCAUAAAUAUUGUUCAUGUUUGUCAAGUUGGCUUGGGUUGCCAUAAAUGUGAAUUAUUGAGUGAUGUGAUAUAUGAUUAUAAACUGCACAGGUUUUAUGGAUGUGAAUAUGAAUAGAAUGUUUUUCAGUGUCCUCAAACGUUAGUUUGGAUCCUGGAUUGGUCUGUGAUGAAAAAUUUUAAAAAUCAUGGAUAUUUUGAGGGGCGUGACAGAGGUGGUAUCAGAGCAUUGUUUGAGGAUUACUGAAAUAUUUGAUAUGUUGACGUGCAAAAUAUAUUGAGGUCUAAUGAACUAUAGUGAUUGGUGGAAAUUUUCUUUGCUGCAUUUUAGGAAUCUGGGAUGAUGAGGACAUUGGUCCUCCUAUAUCAUUUGUUUCUGAUUAAUUAAGGGGAAUGAAAGGAUUGAUUGGGGAUAUUGAAAUCAGAGUGGCGCAGCAGAAGCAUGAUGAACCUAAUUUCAUUGGUGGUAGAAAAAUGGAUGAUGCAAAUGGAGAAGAUAUUUGAUAUACAAAAUUGUUCUGAUACUCGAAAGAUUUCUUUUGCCACGUUAUAUUGGAAGUAAAGACUUAUUAUUGACGGCAACAAUGAAAAGAAUUUUUGAGGAUCAAUGGCAAGAAUGACAAGAACAAGUUUACCAAUAAAAAUAUGAUUGGAAAUGAAUCAGUAAGUAACAACAAGAGAGUCAAGACAUUUGGAUUUGAAAUGGGAAGUCACCACAAAAGACUCAAUCAGGUGUGAAUUGCAAGUUAAAUUAAUUAUGUUUGUGCGUGACUAGAGCCUAUUUUGCUUAUGGAAAGUUUGAUCAUAAAAUAAAAGUUUGCCCUUUGAACAAGAAGAAAGAGUCACUGCCUCCUAAAUCAUCAGCCCAUGUCAGAGUGUAUGCUAUCACUGAAUAUGAUUCUAAGACUUCUGAAUUAGUGGUCGAAGGUAUUAUGUAUGUUUAUGAAAGAAUGUAAAUAUUUGUUUGAACAUGGGUUCUAUCUACGAUUUGAUUCGUAACAUAUUGCCUAUCACUUGGGUAUUCAACCUAGACCACUGUAUUAUGUGAUAUAUGUAAGUACAAUCAUUGGAGAUUCUUUGAUAACGAACUUGAAUCUGGUCCUCUUGUCUGGAUUUUGUUGGAGAACUUGAACUUUUGCUGAUUUAGUUCUCCUAGAGAUUUGGAGUUAUGAUAUUAUACUUGGUAUGCAUUGGCUAUCUUCUUAUCAUACCAGUAUGGAUUGGUAUAUAACAAAUGAUCACUUUUUGCAUAUUUGAUCAACCGAUCUUUUAUUUUGAGAGUAUUGGACAUUAUUUAUCUCCUUGCCUAAUGUAUCCCAGGAUGACUUGUUCGGAUUACCUCCAAAUGUGAUUUUACUUUUGAUUUGGUCCUUGGGACAAUCCUAAAAUCUAAGCCUCUCUACAGAAAGAUAUCAUCUGAGUAAGUGGAAUUGGAAAAGCAACUACAAGGAUUAUUAAAUGAGGAUUUUAUUUGGCUAAAUAUUUUAUCAUGGGGUGCUCUGGUGUUAGUUAAAAAGAUGGAUGGAACAUGGAGGCUUUGUAUUGAUUAUGGAUAUUUGAAUCAGGUGAUCAUCAAAAACGAGUAUUUUCUGAAGUAACGAUUUGCUUGAUUAAUUACAGGUGCGCAAGUAUUUUUGAAAGAUUGAUUGAAGGUCGGGUUUACCAUCUAUUGAGAAUCAAGAAGGAGAAUAUUUCAGUCACUCUUGGAAAAUUGUGUAAUUGUAUUGAAUUGAUGAAAUUAUUUAAGAGUAGGAGGAGGAAAUAAAGAAAUCAUAAUCCUCAUCUUUUCAUCGAUUGAGCUAUGACCAAUUUAGAGGACUAAAUUUUCUUUUAAGGGGGGGAGAGUGUAAUAUCCCCCACUUUUAAAAAUGUAUUAAUAAGGAUUUAUAUGUAAAUUGGGGGACCUAUAUGUAAAUAUAGAAAUUACAAGGACUAAACUGCUAAGUUGCAAAAAGAAAAAAAAAAAGAAAAGGAAAAACCGAAAAUUCGGUAUUAUCCCACCGCCUCCCACGCACUCUGUUUCUUUCCAGAAACAGAGAGAGCGGUGGGGCGUGAGGAGAAGAAGGAGAGUGGUUGAAGAAAAGAAGAAGAAGAGGGAAAAGAAGAGAGGAGGAAGAAGAGAGGAAGAAGAGGGAGAAGAGAAGAAGAUGAAGAAGAAGAAGAAGAGGAGGUGGCUGCAGCGAGGGCUGCAGCGAGAAGCUGUGGGGCGUGGGGAGAAGAAGAGAGGAAGAAGAGGGAGAAGAGAAGAAGAAGAAGAAGAAGAAGAAGAAGAAGAAGAAGAGAGGAGGAUAGCUGCGGCAAGGCUGCAGCGAGGAGGUGUGUGGCUUUGGGGAGGAAAAGGGAAGAGGAGAAGAAGAGAAGGAGAAGAAGAGGGAAAAGAGAGGCAGCUGCAGCAGCCAGGGCUGCAGCACCUCUGUUUCCACCUGCGGGAAACAGAGGAGAGGAUGUGUGGGGCGUUGAGGAUGAAAAGGGAAGAAGAAGAAGAAGAAGAUAGCUGCGGCAAGGCUGCAGCGAGGAGAUGUGUGGCCUUGGGGAGGAAAAGGGAAGAGGGGAAGAGGAGAAGAAGAAGAAGAGGAAGAGAAAGAGGUGUGAUACCUCUGUUUCCUGCAGAGGAAACAGAGGAGAGGGUGUGUGUGACGCCGGGGAAGAAGGGGCUGCAGUUGCGGCGAUGGCAGCUGCAGCUGGAAGAGAAGAAGAAGAGGAAGAUGAGCAGGGGAGGAGGGAGAGGUUGCGGCCGUGGCUGCGGCCGCGACUGCAGCAGUUGCAGCGGGGAGAGAAGAAGAAGAGAGGAAGGAGAAGGAAGAGGAGAAGGGAAAGAAGUAGCUGCGGCUGCGGUUGUGGCAGCUGCAGCUAUGGCAGGGAAAGAGGAAGAGAAAAAGGAAAGGAAGAAGAAGAGAAAGGGAAGGAGAGGAAGAAGAGAGGAAGAGGAGAAGGGGCUGCAGCUGCGGCGAUGGCAGCUGCAGCUGUGGCAGGGAAAGAGAAAAAGGAAAGGAAGAAGAAGAGAAAGGGAAGGAGAGGAAGAAGAGAGGAAGAGGAGAAGGGGCUGCGGCUGCGAUGAUGGCAGCUGCAGCUGUGGCUGGGAAAGAAGAGAAGGAAAGGAAGAAGAAGAGAAAGGGAAGGAGAGGAAGAAGAGAGGAAGAGGAGAAGGGGUGGCAGCUGCGGCAGUGGCAGCUGCAGUUGGAAGAGGAGGAGGAAAUAGAGCAGGGGAGGAAGAAGAGGCUGCGACGUUGAAAUCAGUUUGUUGCAAACUCUGAGUGUGGUGGCUGCGGCCGUGGCUGCGACUCCGGCUGCGGCUACGACGUUGGCUGCGGUAGCUGCGGCAGCGGUGGUGGCUGCAGUAGCUACAGUAGCUGCUUUUGGGAAAGAGAAAGAGUAGGAACGAUAGAAGGGAAGAAGGAAAUAGUGCAGUGGAAGGGGGCUGCGGUUGUGACCGCAGUUGCGAUUGUGGUAGCGGCAACGGCGGCGGCUGUGGCAGCUGCGUUUGGGAAAGAAAAAGAAGGAAUGAGAGUAAGAGAGAGCAGGUGACUGUGCCUCGAUGUUCGACACGUGAUGUAGUUACGAAGAAAGGAAGAAAACGGGAGCACAAAACGAAACAGAGAGAGGACACGGAGGAAAAGUAGAAAGAUUGGACUGGCACCUUCCUUGGAUAUUCAGAUCAAAAUAUUUGAAAGGUCAGCUUGUCACUCUUCGAGAUGUUUGAUUUGGGCUGAGGCAGUGGAUAGCUAUUCAGAAUAAUGGGCAAGUCUGGUUGGUUAUUACGAUAUUGUUGUAUAAGUAUGCCUUGUAUGUAAUGAAAUGUUGUCGAUGAACCGAAAUGGAUAUACUGUGUCAAAGUGUUAGGAGAUCUCUCUUAUUUGGAAUUUCUGAAUGUUAAGCCUAAUUUAUAAUGAUAUGAACUUGUGGUGAA